UCCAACUAACCAACUUCAUAAAAAAGUGUGGAUUUCUAAAAAAGAUAAAAAUAAAAAACCGUCUCUUCUCCGGCCCGCCUCCUCUGAAACCCUAAAAAACCCAAUCUAUUUGUUUCCGCCGCCGUGUCUGUCUCGGCCCAGGCAAGCCACCGCAUGCACCGCCGUCGCUCACACCGUUCCAGCGCCUCGUACCCUCACUGACGUAGUGCGCGCUGCUCCGCCAACGCCCCCAGCGACCCAAACAGACUCCGACCCGCGCCGUCCGUUCCGUGUCCGGCCUCGCCGCCGAUUCUCUCGGAGCUCCUGCCCUGCCGUGCGGGAGCACUUCUUCGAACAGAUGGAGGCUCGCCGCGCGAGGCCGAGCAACCAGACGCACUCCAGCUGUUGGACGAAUCCCUCCUCCUCCACGCCAGGCCCUGCGUCGCCUGAAUUCCUCACUACGGUCCGCGGAGCAGCAUUUUGCGGCCGUGGCUUCGCCUCCGCCACAGCAAGGUUGUCGUCAUACUCCUUUUUAUGUGUGAAGAAGGAGAGGAGGUGCUUAUCGUAGUCAGUGACAGUGGUGGAUCCAGCAGCUCUUGUGGAAAGCGGCGGAGGGGAGUUGACAGUAACAACAGCAACAACCGCGGAAGGGGGUGUGAUGCUUGCUUGCAGAUGUUGCUGUUAUCGCCUUGGGGGUGAUUAUUCUGUCCUGUGCUCUAAUGAUGCUCGGAAUGAUGAUGGAACUCCCCGUCAGUGCGCCUGGUUAAUCACAAGUAAAUUCAUCUCUUUUAAUUUGUUCUCUCUCUUCUCCGAUUCCCUUUGCACUUUUCUUUUCUGCGGAGAGAGACGAGGAGGAAUCUGAAUGUGUGGGCGAGUGUUGAAAGAGGACGAAAAUAAAUAUCUGACGAGCAGAGGAAUGCUCGUAUAUAUAUGAUGCUUGUAGAAAAAGAUCCCGGUGCAGCAACUCGCUUUCGGCCCCGAUCGUCUUUUCCCCUGCUGCCAAGGUCCAACCAAACACGAUCGGAGGAUAGGGCUCCCCUCCCGGCUUUUCUAUCCCUCCCUCUCCUCUGCUCCUGUGCUAUCCUCCGUUCAUCACUCCCCCAGGAUCCCCUGCAGCUACCAUUGCUACAACACGGGUACAGUACAGGUGAGGAGGGAGAAAACAAACGAACGAAAUAAAGAGAGUACGCAUGGGUUUGCAGAUGAUCCAUGGCAGGCCCUGCGCCUUGUGCUGCCCGUCCUCCUCCUCCUCGUCCUCCGCCUUGUGGAUGAGGAUGCAGGCCCAGCUGCCCCCAAAGCAGUCUCACCAUCCAUUGAACGGAGGAAGGGCAAUCUCCUCUGAAUCCCUCGCGGCACUGGCAUGGCAUUUCCUGCUAAGGCGUCGCAGCAGGGACGGUGCCACAGCUCUCGCAUCUUCAUCCGGGGUGCUUCAAAUCGCAGAGGACAAAUCAUCUGCGGCCAACUUGACAAAGCACAAGGUGAGUGCAGAAAGGAAGCUCCUCAACGACGCUCUUGACAGAACUGGUGUGCGAUAUGAGACUGAGAGCUGGAUGGAUGAAGAGACAUCGUCCUGGAUGGACAGGGAUCUCACGGACAGCGAUUUGCGGUACCGCUUGCUAAUGCAGAACCUCGAGGAACUGGAGACCAGCUUGGUUGGUAAAGACCUGGAGAUGGACAUCCUUGAGCAGCUUGGGGCUCUGGGAUCGUUCAACGCUUCUGUGGCCAGGGGUGUCUCGGCGUUACAUGGUCGACCAGAUGGCUCUCUGCUUGAUGAUCCGGAGCCGGAGACGACUCCUCUGGAUGCGGGGCAAGAAGACAGCCAAGUGGUCGUCGUCCGGAGUGGCAAGAGCCAGGAGAGGAAGCUGAGAAGGAUGAGAGCAUCAUCAGAUGAGAAAGGAUCCAGGACCUCGGUGAAGGUGAACCCACCACGAAGACCCAAGAAAUCCCGUAAGGCGAGUAGCAGCCAGUUUAUAUCCGAGUGGAAAAGUCACCCAGGCCAAAGGAGGAUCAUUGUGCGUGAGCAAUCAGCACUGCUGUCCACCAUCAAGGAAUGUGCAGGUCUUGAGAAGAUAAGGGAGAAGAUGGUGAAGGAAGGGCAGGAGGUGAGCUACCACAGGUGGGCGGAGGCAGCUGGGGUGGACGAGGCAGAGCUGGUGAGCAGGCUGCAGGCAGGUUACUGCUGCCGGGACAGGCUACUGGUGACCACCGAGUGGCUGGUCAGGUGCAUCGCGAGAACAUACACCGGCAUGGGGACGGCCUUGGACGAUCUGCUUCAGGCUGGGAAGAUGGGCGUUCUUGACGGCGCCGAGAAGUUCGACAGCCGGAAGGGGUGCAGGUUCUCCACGUACGUCAAGUACUGGAUCAGGAAAGGGAUGCUCGCUCUGCUGGCUGAAAACUCAGGAGUCACCCUGCUGCCUGCAAGAAUGGAGAGCAUCAUGCGCAAGGUGAAGGAGGCGCGGCGUGGGAUCCGGUACAGGCAGGGCAGGAACCCGUCGGACUCAGAGGUUGCCGCCGCCGUGGGCGUGUCGGUAGCCAACGUGAGGCUGGCGCGCAAGUGCUCUCGCAGGGCCGUCUCGCUCUACUCGGAGGUCGCGAUCGGACAGGACGUCAAGUUCGCGGAGGUGAUCCCGGACGAGUCGGCGUCUCCGGACGAGGCGGCGCUGUUCCGGGGCCAGCUGAGGGAGCGGCUGCUGCUGGUGCUGGGCAGGCUGCCCGCGCGGGAAGGACGCGUGCUGCGGCUGCGGCACGGGCUGGAGGACGGGCGGUGCAGGUCGCUGGAGGAGAUCGGCGGCAUCUACGGCGUCUCCAAGGAGUGGAUCAGGAAGAUCGAGAAGUCGGCCAUGGCCAGGCUCCGGGACGACGACGCCGUGCGCCGCGACCUCCACGACUUCGUCUAGUCUGUCUGCAGUGCACUAGAACAAUUUGUUAGCUGGUAGGGAACGAUGUCAUGUACGUAGUACCAUACUAUCUAUCAGCAGACUGAAAUUGAAGCUGCUAUUCACACGAAAUAUACAAUGAUAGAGAUUUGUGAUUCAUGACGGUUAUAAUGUCAUGCUUGCUUUCAUGUUUCA